GAUUUAUGUCUGACAUGUGCACUAACAUCAAAUAAUGAGUUUAAAAAUAAAUCUCGUUCUCUACACCCGUCCACCUCCGGAGCCUCCGGAUCCACCCGAUAGAGUCCCUCCUUCACAAUCCAAAUCUCCAUCAUCUACUUGCGAAGCCCCUCCAGUGCUGAUCCACCGCUUCUCAACCACCUCGAGCUUGCGUUUAAAGUUUCGGUGAUCUCUCUCGCCCAACAUCACAGAUCUAUUCACGAGACAGAGCAACUGUCAUCUCCGCAGUUUCACCAACCAGAUCUACGUCUCUCUCACCCCUACGGACAUAUGCUCUUUGAUGUCUCCGUCCCUCACCGGAAAGGUGUCUGUCCGAGACGAGCCCUCCUCCAGCUAUACAAGCUCAGGAAUCGGAAUAUCAACUAGAGUGUUACUUGUUAAACUCAGCCAUAAGGACGUUGCUUGCUUCUCUGCAAGAUAUUGGUGUGGAUGGGAGUGUAUUGUUGUGUAUACUAGCUGUUCUCAAGCCUCCCUCUCUCCAAUACACAGCAUUGCGAAAUCUUGAGGACUGGACUUUUGAUGUUGAUACAUUGGUAGUGGAAUAGUUUGUGGUUACAUGUUCGCUCAACCAUUACAGUUCGGAUGCAUUCCACCAUCUGGAUUCAGAUUACCGGGUUCACCUGGCCCAAAGUUUAGUUUCAGUGUCAGCUUACGGGGUUCACCUAACCCAAAUCCGGUCUCAAUCACAAGGAAAAGCCAUCGAAGCAAACAUAGUACCUUCUCGCCAUAAAGAUCGGGUCAGACAAGCAUCAAGAAGCCAUACAGACAGCAGUUUCGUAUCAUAUAUGACCAACGAGGAAUGGAACAAAAAUAAAUUGACAGCAGGAUUGGGAUGGGUCUUCUCGGAUCUAGAUCUGGAGACUCCAAUUCAUGGAUCUAUGGUUGUAAGUUUCAUCAGCUCAAACCUUAUUGCAGAAACCAACACGAUUCGAUCGACACUUUGCAUGGCGCUAACUUUGGAGUUUUCCACACUUAAGAUUGGGUUUAAUCAAAGAAAACAAAUAUGGAAGUGGAUCACGUACGUUGAAAAGCAGAUUGGCGUGUGACUUGUGAUGACUGUAAAUAUGAACAGACAUCAUCAAAAACUACACCAGAGGAAACAUAUAUGGACGAAUAUUAGGCUCAUCCUAGUUACACUCUUCCUCUGCUUAAUUCUCCUAGCGAUUCAGCAUGUGCUGGAUGCGCUCAUGAAGAGUGUCUCUGAUAUGGCUGGUGACUGUAAAAGUAACCCUAAUUUAUCUGGUGGUAUGUGUCCCAUCCCAAACCCUCCAAUGUUGCCUCCCAUGUUGCAGAUUCCACAACAUGAACUCCGUUCUGUUAAAACCGAUUUUCUUCCCUACAAAGACCUCCCUGACAAGUCAUGUAGAGGAACAAUGGGAGGAUCUUGUCCUGUAACUAUACUUAUGACUGGUGACAAACAGCCCCUUGGUAAAGCUUUAUCCGCAAAUAUAUUUGCUACCUCUUUCGCGGUUAAUUCCUCCGACCUCUUGCCUACUUUAGCCAAUAAUGUCUUGGGCACAACAAUCGCAGCAGAUAAAAACAAUUACGCAGAUCCAGGGCUUGCCUCAGGUCUCCCUAUCUACAGUAUCCAACCUCUUUGCAAUGCAAACUCUACAUGGCCACUCUCUCUUGAAAAAAUCCAGACAGGUAUUUCUUUUACCUCUUGCUUGUGAUGUAACUGAUGUUCAAAGGGAAAGUUUGACUUGAGAGAUGAUAAACUAACCUGAAUUGGUUCAUGUCCAAAAUAUUCAUUUGAAAAUUAAGAUAUUGUUAAAAUAUUUUGAUCAACAUAAUAAUUUUAUUUUAUAUGA